AUGUCGAGCCAGAUCAAGUACAUGCUGGUGUCGCUACCCACGUCCAGCUCCCAAACCAACGACAAGGACGAAGCCCUGAGCGCCUUGCAAUCAACCGUAGCCUCCGAUAAUGUCACCGUACUACCGUUCAAAAUACCCGAGUUCAAAAUUGGGACUCUCGAUGCGUUGGUUCAGCAAGCAGACGACUUAGCCAAGCUGGAAAGCUCCUGCGAAGCUGUUGUUGCCAAAGUCGGGGAUUCUCUGCGCAGCUUGCUAGAGGGCGACGAAGAGAAGAUUUCCCAGCAGAAGACUGUCAAUGACAAGCCUGCCGACCAGUAUCUCCGGACUUUCACCUGGAACAAGGUUAAAUAUCGUGCUGACAAACCGCUUGCCGAAUUGAUUGAUUCCCUGCAAAAGGAGCUUGGUAGCAUCGAUAACGACGUAAAAAGCAAAUUCAGCCAAUACAACACAGUGAAGACAAACCUCUCAACUCUACAGAGGAGACAGACUGGGAACCUAUCUACGAAGUCUCUAACUCCGGUCGUCGACCCUUCGCUGUUGAUCCAAGACUCUGAAUACCUCGAAACACACCUCGUCGUUGUUCCGAAUAACGCCAAGAAAGACUUCAUUAGAAGUUACGAGACGAUAUCGCCAAUGGUAGUUCCACGCUCAUCGGUCGAAGUCACACAUGAUGAUGAAUUCACGCUCUAUGCCGUUACAACGUUCAAGAAGCACAGCUCGGAGUUUCAACACAAGUGUAGAGAGAUGAAAUGGACCCCUCGAGAUUAUAAAUAUGUUGAAGGAGGAAAGGAAGAAGAACGCAAAGAGGUCGAGCGAGUUGGCAGAGAUGAAAGGAAGAUAUGGGGUGAAGCUUUGAGGCUUGGACGGACAGGAUGGAGUGAAAGCGUUAUGAUCUGGAUACACGUUCUAACUCUUCGAGUGUUUGUGGAAACCGUAUUACGCUAUGGCCUCCCCCUGGACUUUGUCAGCGCCUUGAUCAAGACAACUCCCAAGCAAGCAAAGAAAGCCAAAGCUUCUCUAGACUCCACAUACUCGUAUCUUGGGGGUAAUGCUUUUGGUAGAGAUAAGAAGGGCAAGGUCACCAAGGAUGACUCUGCAUUAUCAUCGGAAAUGGCUGCGGCUGGAGUGGGAGCCCACGGUGGUGAGGGCGCUGAGUAUACGGCGUACGUUUAUUACGACUUUGAGAUCAUAUAG